AUCAUUCUCAACCUUCGCUGCUACUGCUCUCCAUUCUCAGUGCCCUCGCGCCAUGGCGUCCUUGAAGGCCCACCUCACCACUAUACCCGCCGCAUCGCCGACGGUUGUGCCUCCGCUCAAGGCGCCUUCACGAGACCUGCACUUCGGCCGAGCCCCUUUUUUCGCCGCGCACGUCGCAUGCAAGGCGUCAGGCCCCAGCUCCUCCCGCCAAUCUUCCAGGCCGAAUGGUACUCUUGGAGUCCGCGCCGUCGCUGUGCAAGCCGACAGUCCAGCGUCGGUGUUUUCGGACCCGCCUCUGGCGGAGGCGGACCCCGAGGUGGCGGCGGUGAUCGCGUCGGAGCGGCGGCGGCAGGAGGAGGGGCUGGAGUUGAUCGCGAGCGAGAACUUCACCAGCCGCGCCGUCAUGCAGGCCGUCGGCUCGUGCCUCACCAACAAGUACUCCGAGGGGCUGCCCGGCAAAAGGUACUACGGCGGCAACGAGUUCAUCGACCAGAGCGAGGUGCUGUGCCAGCAGCGGGCGCUCAGCGCCUUCCGCCUCGACCCCGCGCAGUGGGGCGUGAACGUGCAGCCGCUGUCGGGCUCGCCCGCCAACUUCGCCGUUUACACCGCGCUGCUCAAACCGCACGACCGCAUCAUGGGUCUGGAUCUGCCGCACGGCGGGCAUCUGUCGCACGGGUUCAUGACGGCGAAGCGGCGCGUGUCCGCCACGUCCGUGUACUUCGAGUCUAUGCCGUACCGCCUCGACGAGUCCACCGGGCUGGUGGACUACGACGCGCUGCAGCGGUCGGCGCUGCUGUUCCGCCCGCAGCUCAUUAUCGCGGGCGCCAGCGCGUACCCGCGCGACUACGACUACGCGCGCAUGCGGCAGAUCGCGGACAGUGUGGGCGCGUUCCUGCUGGCGGACAUGGCGCACAUCAGCGGGCUGGUGGCGGCGGACGUGGUGGCCAACCCCUUUGAGUACGCGGACGUGGUCACCACCACCACGCACAAGUCCCUACGGGGGCCGCGAGGAGGGCUGAUUUUCUUCCGGCGAGGGGAGAUGAACAGCAUCGACAUGGAGACGGCCAUCAACAACGCCGUCUUCCCCGGCAUGCAGGGUGGCCCCCACAAUCACACUAUCGGUGGCAUCGCCGUGUGCCUUAAGCAAGCUGCCACUCCUGCAUUCAAGGCGUACCAACUACAGGUGAAGGCGAACUGUGCAGCGCUGGCUCAGCGCCUGCUGUCGCUGGGUUACACUCUGGUGUCGGGCGGCACCGACAACCACCUGCUGCUGCUCGACCUGCGCCCCAUCGGGCUGGACGGUGCGCGAGUGGAGAAGGUGUUGGAUCUGGCAGCCAUCACGCUCAACAAGAACUCUGUGCCAGGUGACAAGAGUGCGGUAGUGCCCGGGGGCAUCCGAAUUGGCACGCCUGCUCUCACCACACGUGGCUUCAAGGAGGAGCACUUCAACCAGGUGGCGGAUCUGCUGCAUGAGGGCAUCAAGCUGGCGCAGCAGGUCAAGGCGUCCAGUGACGAGGCAGUGUGCGCGGCAGGGGGGGCAGGGGCGAAGCUCAAGGACUACAUGGCGUAUGUGCAGGGCGAGGGGUGCAAGGAGCGUGCGGAGAUUGAGGCGCUGAAGCACCGGGUGCAGGCGCUUGCCACGCAGUUCCCCAUGCCAGGCGUGGGCAUUGACAACCUGGCCAGGUGAAGCCAUGCAGAUGUAGUCAUGACUCGUGAGUGCUUGAACCACCUGUAGUGCCGUUUGUGGUGACACCGUACGUGGUACUCAUUGUGGCAUGGUAUUUCACUGUCUAGUAAUUGUUAAUUGGAAAAGGAGGUGUGUUCAGGGCAGGUCUCACGAUACGAUAUUAGGAAUCUUACGCUGAUUACGUUUUUUUUAGGGUCCCUGCUUGUAUCAACCCUGACGAAUCAGCA